AUGAUGGCCCGGAAUUCAGACGGCGAGCUGGAGGAGCAGUCCACCGAGGGGUACCAGGAGGCCGCGUUCGAGGCCUUCAUUUGCCCGCUCACCAAGCAGGUGAUGCAGGACCCAGUCACCAUCGAGACGGGCCAGACCUUCGAGCGCGAGGCCAUCCUCAAGUGGUUCAGGGAGUGCCGCGACAACGGCCGCAGGCCCACCUGCCCUCUCACGCAGCGCGAGCUCCGCACCACCGACAUCAACCCCAGCAUCGCCCUCCGCAACGUCAUCGACGAGUGGAGGGCCAGGAACGACGAGAAGGACCUCGAGAAGGCGUGCAACGCGCUCCGCAUGCACCCCGAGGACGACGAGGAUGACACCCUGCGUGCCAUGGCAUACAUCUCGCAGAUAUGCCAGCGGAGUGGCGCCAAGAAGAACCUCGUGCGCGCCCAGGGCAUCAUAUCCACGCUCGCCGACUUGCUCAAGAGCAGCAGCAGGAGGGUCCGCCUCAAGUCCCUGCAGGUCCUUCGCACCGUCGUCGAGGACAAUGAUCAGAACAAGGAAGAGCUGGGGAAAGGCGACACGGUGCGCACCAUCAUAAAGUUCCUGUCGAACGAGCAUAUCCAGGAGAGGGAGCUUGCAGUUUCCCUGCUGUAUGAGCUGUCAGAGUAUGAGCCCGUGUGCGUAAGGAUCGGUGCCAUCUAUGGGGCCAUACUCCUGCUGGUUGGCAUGGGGAGCAGCAAGUCGGAGAACAUGAUGGCCGUGGAGAAAGCAGAGAAGACACUCAGAAAUCUGGAGAAGUAUGACACCAACAUCAAGCAAAUGGCUGAGAAUGGCAGGCUGCAGCCUCUCCUCACCAAACUGCUUCAAGGCGGGCCUGAGGUGCAGGUUACCAUGGUUGAGUACCUCGGCGAGCUCGCGUUGGCCAACGACGUCAAGGUGGUGGUGGCGGAGCAGGUUGGAACUCUUCUGGUGAGCAUCAUCAAGACCGGCGGCCUGCCGGCGAGGGAGGCGACGCUCAAGGCGAUGAGGGAGAUGUCAUCCAACGAGCUGAGCGCCAAGAUACUGCUGCAGGCCGGCAUCCUGCCGCCGCUGGUCAAGGACCUCUUCUCCGUCGGCGCCAGCAGCCACUUCCCCAUGAGGCUCAAGGAGGUCUCCGCCACCAUCCUCGCCAACCUGGUCGCCUCUGGGGCCAGCUUCCGCUCCAUCCCGCUGGACGACGCCGGCAGGCAGACGCUCCUGUCCGAGGACGUGGUGCACGGCCUGCUCCAUCUCAUCAGCAACACCGGCCCUGCCGUGGAGUGCAAGUUGCUCAACGUCCUGGUCGGCCUCACCAGCUCACCGGACACAGCCCAAGACGUGGUGUCGGCCAUCAAGAGCUCCGGCGCGACCAUCAGCCUGAUCCAGUUCCUGGAGGCAGCUCACCGGGAGAUCCGCGUGGAGUCCCUCAAGCUCCUGCGCAACGUGUCGCCGUACAUGGGCGCCGAGCUCGCAGAUGCACUCGGUGGCCACCUCAGUAGCUUGCUCCGGGUGAUAUCCGACGCCGGUGGUGGUGGCGUGACAGAGGAGCAGGCGGCAGCCGUGGGCCUGCUGGGUGACCUCCCGGAGAGGGACUCGAAGCUGACGCGGCAGCUGUUUGAGCUGGGAGCGUUCGGUACGCUGAGCACGAAGCUGGCAGAGCUGCGGCGGGGCGCCAUCCGCGGGAACCGGUACACGACGCCGCUGACGGAGGGCAUGGUGAAGGUGAUGUACAGGCUGACGUGCAUGCUGCAGGAGGCGCCAGAGUACGUGGAGUUCGCCCGAGAGGCCGCCCUGGCGCCCUUGUUUGUGGAGCUGGUGCAGGUGAACGGGCAGGACGCGGUGCAGCUCUACUCGGCGAUGGCGCUGGAGAAGCUGUCCCUCGAGACGAGGAACCUGACGGUCAUCCCUGACCCGCCGCCGCCAGCGCCUUCCGGAGGCUUCCUGUGUGCGUGCUUCGGGGUGCCAUCGUCGACGGGUGCGGCUGCAGGUCGUCCGGUGGGGGUGUGCCGCGUGCACGGCGGGUUCUGCUCGCUGCGGGAGAGCUUCUGCCUGGCUGAGGGCGGGGCCGGAGGGAAGGCGGUGGAGCGGCUGGUGGCGUGCCUGGACCACCUAAACCCAGAGGUGGUGGAGGCGGCGCUGGCGGCACUGGCGACCCUGGUGGGGGACGGGGUGGAGGCUGCGGAGGGUGUGGGGGUGCUUGGGGAUGCGGACGGGCUGCGGCCAGUGGUGGACAUCCUGGUGGAGAACCGGACGGAGGCGCUGCGACGGCGGGCGGUGUGGGUGGUGGAGCGCAUCCUGCGGGUGGAGGACAUCGCGCAGGAGGUGGCGGCGGACCAGACGGUGGCGUCGGCGCUGGUGGAGGCGUACCGCAACGGCGACCCGCGCACCCGGCACACCGCCGAGCGCGCCCUCCGGCACCUCGACAGGAUCCCCAACUUCUCCAGCGCGUUCCAUGCCCAAGCACGCCGGCCAUGA